AUGUUUUUGGUUAAAACAUCUGAAAAUGUUGAUUCGUUUUUAAAUACGUGGUUUGUCAAAGAAUCAGAGAGUAAAACAGAAUUGAUUGCAUGCAAUUCAAUCAGCACUGAGAGCAGCACCAAGAUAGCAACCUCCUGUGCACUAUACAAAAACACAAGAAACAAUUUUGAAAUAUCUUGUGGUGAUCGAACAAUCCCAUUAAAUCCUGUUUUUAUGGAUCAGAAACAGAAUGAGAGUGUUCUAUUUGAUUUGUUGGCUGAAAACGGAAAAUACAAAAUAACCUGGGCAGAAUACGCUGAAUUGGAAGAAGAUGACAGACCAAUGAAACAGAAUAGAAUCAGAAUAUCAGUUGGUAGAGUCACCAAUGAAAUGAAUAAGCAGAUUGGAAUAAUAUUUCGCAACAUUGAAUCAAAUUUAAUCAGGCAUAUUCUUCCUGAAAACAAGGAAGCCCUUGAAUUUGUGGCAAUGCAAGAACUAUCAAAAUAUCUGAGUUAA